UUUCCCGGCAUCCUUUGGAGCCGCUGUGGUCUGUUGUUUUUUCCUGCUCAGACGCGGCUAGUUCAAGUUGCCAUAGCACAGUUCUUCUGUUAGCUAUCACUCCCAAAGCUAAACACCUACGGCUUUCGUGUAACUUAUUUACAGCGGCAGCAUUUAUCUCCUCUGUUCCCGCUGGACAUAUGCAGUGUUUUGAAGUUUUCACGUUAGUGUCACAAGGCUAAAUGAGUUGGCUAACGUUGGGUUAGCUAGCUAACGUUCAUAGUAGAUGCCACUUGUUGCUAGCCAGGAGGAGCAUCUCUCAACAAUGCCCCGCACAGUGAUUGAUUGGGCCAGUUUGAAUUGUAGUGUUUUGCUAGUCAGAUAGCUUUCUGUCUCUACGGGUUGUUACGGUUACGAUGACAAAGCUCCCAUAUCCGCUAGCUAUGACACGCAUAUAUAUAGUUAAAAAAGCUAAAAAACAACCCAGUUUGUUCGUUAAUCUGAUUAACGUUGCAGUUAACGGUUAGCGUUUAACUAGGCAAGCUAGUGCUGGUCACUAAUCGUCAGAUUUGCCUAGUCGGCCGUUUUUCGUCGCCUCCACCGUAAACCUGCCCUGUCCCAAACUAUGGCUACAUCCAGUGAAACGGAUUCAUAUGAUAGGGAUCGGGUGCACAGGCCUCGGGGGCGUGAAGCCCACCACAGACCUGGCCGGGACAGGGGCAGAGCCAGUGGAAGUGAUGGUCGACCCGCAGAUAUCUCCGAGAAGAUCAGCACACUGGCAAGCACUUUACAGGACACCAGUAGGAACUUGACCAAAGUAGACCGGAUGCUGGGCCAUUACAGGGAGCACACAGAUGAUCAGGCUGAAGCCAUGACUCUGCUUAGGGAGAACUUGGAGGACUCCAUCAGUCAGCUGCAGUCACAGAGGGUGAGCAGAUCCAAUGGGGCUCUGAGUGCUUCAGCUUCUGCCUCCACUCUGCAUACCAGUGACCUGGAGGCUUGCUCGGGAUCCGAUGGCCAGCGUUUCUACCCUACUUCUCCAUUAAGAGACUAUACAGGCCCUCCAGGCAAUAGACGGAGGUCUCGGUCUGCGAGUGUUCGCUUCAAGGAUGCCAGCCUGACUGGAGAUGAUGUUCACACUUUGCAUCAAUCCUUGAGGGAUCUGCGUUGUGACCAGCUGAGAAUGUCUGAUGAACUGGAUAGAGAAAUCCUCAGGAGAAAUAGGUCUGAUAUUGACACCAGGCGGGCGAUGGAGAGCCUCACAGAGCACACGACGAAUUCCCCAAGACAGGCCUCAGUGUCGUCUCGUGUGGAGCGGCGUCUGCAGGAGCUGGAGAGAGAGAUGCAUAGUGGGCAAAGUGGCGUGGAGAGCGAAAGAAGGCCCGAUCAGCGGGUGGCCAUGUCUGACGAGCUGCGUGAGACUUCAGGGAGACGCCAAGUUCAGGUCCAUGAGAGUGAGGAGGCAGCCAGGCUUCUGAAAGCAGACGGGGAGAAAUAUAAGAUGGAGCAGGAGCUGGAGAGAGCGAGGAGACUACUUGAGCAGUCUGAGGAUAGCAGAGAGUCCCUCGUUCAACAGGUGGAGGACACGCGCGGUGAGCUGCUGAGGACGAGGAAGGAGAAGAAUGAGCUCCAGAGGGCCUGGCUGCAGACUUCUCAGUCCGCUGCUCAGCCACACGGCAACCACACUGACAGGGCGGAGGGAAGAGGUGGACAGCGAGGGCCAGCAGAUCCUUUGAGCCUGGAGAAAGAAGUGGCGGAGCUGCGGGCCCAGCUGCGCACGGCCUCUGUCCUCAGUGAAGUUGAAGAACUGAAAAGGACUCUGGACCGCAAGGAGAAGGAGCGUGUCCAACUCGGCGUAAAGGUGGAGGAGCUGUCAUCAGAUCUCUCUCGGCGGGAGCAACAACAGCUACGAAUGCUGGAUCAGUUGAAGGAGAUGCAGAGCCGAGGGCAGGCAGAGAGGAGAGAGACGGAGGCGUUACUCCAGGAGAGCACGAGGAGCAGAGAUGAAUUAAAGACCAGGGCCCAAGAGGCCGUGCUCCGGUGGAGAGCAAAAUGCAAGAGACUGCAGAAGGAGCUGGAGGAGGAGAGCACCCGGGCUCAGUUUCAUAACGACAAGGCCUCGCAGGCAGCCCGGGAAAAGGAGAGCUCCCAGGCCCAGCUGAAGGCGCUGAGCCAGCAGACUGAGGCGGCCCGCAGGGAGCUCGCUGAAAUCCUAGGCCGUCUGGCCAAGCGCGAAGAAGAGCUUCACCGCAAGGACGUGGAGCUGUCCGAGACCCGCCAGCGCCAGUUGUCACUGGAGCAGGAAAUCCGGGAGGUGAGGGAGGCCUCAGCUGUCCUGGAGGAGGAGACUCAGCGUCUGGCCGCUGUCCAGUCAAGACUGAAAGAAGAGAACCAGAGGCUGGAAGAACGAGCUGACACCCAAGCCCGUCGAUGUCAGAGAGACCAGGACACACAGGCCGAGCUGCAGGCCACGCUAAAGCAGGUGACCUCAGCCCAUGUUCGUCUAGUCCAGCGGUUGGCUGAGGAGGAGAGCUCCAAUAAGGAGCUUCAGAAGGGCUAUUUGGAGCUCCAGGCCAAGCUGACAGCAGUACAGGAGGAGCGGGCAGCGCUGGGGCAGCAGCUGCAGCUCGAGAGAGAGGUGCAUCAGAAAGAACUGGACAACACAAAGACCAUGAUGGAAGACAGCAGGACAAGGAAGUAUCGUGAAGUGCAGGACAAGCUCAUGCUCUGCUGUCAGGAUCAGGAUGAAAUGCAGGCACACCUGAGGGAGGUUAAGGCAGAUGCAGCGUCAGACAAGGAGCUGUGUUCGGCGCUGCGCAUCAAGUUGGACAGGAUGAAGGAUGAGUGUGAUAAGCUGGCAGCACAGCUGAGCACCAAAGACGAGGCACAUGCACUUCUCCACAGAAAGUACCAGCUACUCAAACAGGAACUGGAUGACAAAGUCAGGUCGGGUGAGCGGAGACGUGCUGCAGAGUCGGAGCUCGUUCAGCUGGAGGAGAAGGUGUUGCGGAUGGAAGCAGAGCAAGAGGGAGUCCUUACCUCCAUGGGUGAGGAACUGGAUGCAGCUUGUCGCAGCCUGGCUAGGAAUGGUGAAGACAAACUACAGGCGAUCUCCCAGAAACCUGGAUUAGUGAAAGACCCCCACCGUUGGCUGGCUGAGACAAAGACCAAGAUACGCUGGCUGUGUGAGGAAAUGCGGGAGUGCAACACAAGAGAACAGCGCCUGAGGAAGCAGCAACAACAGACCAGGGAUCAGCUGAAGGCCCUGAAGCAGAGCCGCGACGCAGAGCAGACGGCUCUCCUGCAGCGCCUGGACCAACAGGAGAAGCUGCUGCACUCCCUCGACACUGAAAAGAGAGAGAUGUUGGAAAGGAGUCGCAGGAAGGAGGAAGAAAUGAGGAGCCUUCAGGAAGGUGUACUGGAUCUGGAAAUGAACACAAGAGCAGCCCUGGACCACUUGGAGUCAAUUCCAGAGAAACAGUGUCUGAUGGAGAACUUCAAAGAUUUGGAGGAGUCACAGCGGCAGAGGGAGAUGGUAGAGCAGCGCUACACCAAGUACAAAGAGAUCGUGUGGGACCUACAGCACCAGCUGGACGAGUCCAAACAUAAAAUCCGGGAUUACAGAGAGGAGAAGCUGGACGCCACCACCAGGAGCCUGAGACUGGCUGCUCUUUCUUCCUCAAUCAAAGGCUCCAGCACAUUCCAUAGCAGCUCGCUGAGAUCAGACACACUGUCACCUCACAAACGCCUGACCAGUUCAGAGCUGGAUGACUCCCCAGUGAACGGGGCCAAACUCCUCACAGAUUAGCUCAACGUCAAGUGAACCUUUUUAUCUGUAUCUCUACGAACCCAAACACAUGGCGCUUACAGCCGACUACCUGCCUGGUGCUCAUCCAGAACAAAGAAACAACUUGACUGUACACCAGGAGGCCUUGCACUCGACACUAAUCCGCCUCCACUACCUCGACCAGGCAAUCACUGAAGGUGCUCAAGAGGGUAAGACAGAGUACACAGCAAACUUUGAAGGAGAUACAAGUUUGGACACUGUCGGAGGAUCUACUGUAAAGUGUUUAAAUGUUAUUUAUAAGAACCUGAAUUGAAUGUAUUUGGAAAAUAUUAAAACCAAAAUAGUUUCACUUUUACAUUUCUUGCCAUUGUUACAUUUUACAUCCUAAACUGUUUUAUUGUUUAGUCUUAUCAUGCUAAUGUGUUUGUGCUAAAAGUGAUUUAUUGUAACUGCACAAACAAAACACUGGUGCCUUUUCAACAAUACGUCGUUACUGACAUGCUAUGUUAUCUCUUAAUGUAUUGACAGAAGUUGACUUUUAAUGCAGUAGCACAAAUGUCUUUUUUUAUGAAAUGUGAAGCAAGUAAUAUGCACUAUGAAUAAAUCCCCAU